AACACACUUUGUUCCGUUUUAUUUCGUUCGCGCAGUGUUUGUGUGUUCUCUAAAGAGCUUCAUAAUGUCUGGCCGUGGAAAGCAGGGAGGUAAAGCUCGGGCUAAGGCCAAGUCUCGCUCUUCUCGUGCUGGGCUGCAGUUUCCUGUGGGUCGUGUUCACCGGCUGCUGCGCAAGGGGAACUACGCGGAGCGAGUGGGAGCCGGCGCGCCCGUUUACAUGGCUGCGGUGCUGGAGUACCUCACUGCUGAAAUCUUGGAGCUGGCUGGCAACGCCGCCCGGGACAACAAGAAAACCCGCAUCAUCCCCCGGCACUUGCAGCUGGCCAUCCGCAACGACGAGGAGCUGAACAAGCUGCUGGGCAAAGUCACCAUCGCUCAGGGUGGAGUCCUGCCCAACAUCCAGGCGGUGCUGCUGCCCAAGAAAACCGAGAGCCACAAAGCUAAGGGCAAGUGAGCAGGUUGCUGCUGCUGCGUUAUAGGCGAGGGAGGUUUUUCCACUCAAUAUCUCAACCCCAAAGGCUCUUUUCAGAGCCACUCACAACGUCAGGCAAAGAGUUGUUAAUCCCUGUUUUGUCGCCAUGAAGUUGGUGUUUUGGGGGGUGUUGCUAAG